AUGCCGCAUUCCGCUGAAGCCGUCGACUCACCGUCCUUGCAAUCUGCGUCGCCUGGCAUGCAGCCAUGGUCGCAAGAGGUGGGUCGCGAGAGUUGCGUCGAGGAAAUUUUAGAGUUCACAGACCGCUUUCGCCAGAACGUACUGCGAAAGCACCUGGGAGCUGCUGCAUUCCCGCAGCAUAUUCCAUCCGACGGACACGAUCAGCCGCUGUUUUGUCAGGAUAUAAAGCAGCAGCACCGCCACUGGCAGCGUCCGGAGGGCAUCGGAGCAGCAGCACGCGCGUUCGGAGGGCUUUCAUUCGAUGAGUGCAUGAUGGUGUUCCUCGCCCCCAAUGCACGCUUCUGCCUCCCAGCAGCCCCACCCAACCUCUCAUCUCUCACCAGCCCUCCGCCUGCUUCCCAAGCUCCUCCUCCUUCUUCCCAGGCCUCCACCUUCUCUGCUGUCGCUGCUUCUCCCACCGAGUUUCCAUUCGCCCAAGAUUACUUCCCUCUUGCUGCUGCCUCCAACCCCAACGCCGCGGCUCUGCGUCGUCCGUUGAAGCGACCACGGCACGAGCCGCUGCUCCGUGCACGCAAGAGCGGGUGGCUGCCAGGCGGGGUGGUGCGAGGCGGGUGGGCGGGAAGCACGGAGCGCCGGCAUCAGUCAGUGGCAGAGCAGUUCCAGCAGCAGGGGGAGAGCAGCGGCGUGCAGCAGGUGGGCGCGAGGAGCCACGUGCAGCAGCAGAGUGCGAGCAGCUGCAUGCAGGCAGAGGAAGAAGCCCUUUUAGAGGCUCUGCUGCAGGACUGCCAUCAGCAGCAGGGAGGAGCGGGUAUCAGGGUGUUGUGUCCGCGCGUUGGGUCGGAGAGUGCCCUUCCACCGCUGCCACCGCCAAUGCCCUCCCACCUCGCUGCUCUGCCUGCCUCCACUCCCCGCACUGGAGGUUUCGCAGCGCAGCGGGUGGACUCGCAGCAUGUUGGGUCGGAGAGUGCCCUUCCAGACGACAUGCUGCUGGGAUUUUGCAGCGAAGACUCUGGUUUCACCCAAUGCGCUGCUCUCUCUGCUCCUCCGCCCACCCAGCCACACACAGCGCUGCCAGCGCCAAUGCCUUCACAUGUCCCUUCUCCGCCUGGCCCCACUCUCAGAGGCUCGAGCAGCUGCAUUACAGCGACGCUUGCUGGGAGUAUGUGUGGCACAGAGGAGCAGCAAUACGAGGACACAUGCAUUAACGCACUCAGCGAUGGAAACAACACCGAUGACAACAGCAACAGCAAUGGCGAUGCUCUCUUUCUCGACAUGCUGCUGGGUGGGAGUGCCCUCGCCGAGCCUUUGGCAACCAUUGGGCCUCAGCAACUGGCGCUGGCAGCCCCUUCUGCUGAUGGGGCAGCCCCUGCUGCUGAUGGGGUAGCCCUGCAAGAGUGGGUGGUGGAGCAGGGAGGGACCAGGGAGGGAGGUGCUCACCUGCACGGGCAGCAGCACUUUCUUGACCAGGAGACCACGCUGGCACAGUGGGAGUUCUUUCAGAGGCUAGAGCUUGAGCGCACUAUCUCGCUGCCACGGCACCAGGCACUGCCACUAUCACUCCCACAGCCACUCUCAAAGGCACUGAUGCAAUCACCUUUGCUGUCAGCCCCUUCUCAACUUCCUAUCGCGCCUGGUGCCACCGGUGCACCGUACAUUCCCUCGAUCCCGAGGGGCUCGCACAUGCAAGCUCUUAUACAGCCGCGCCCUGCCAUGCUGCUGCAGCCCUUCUCCCUUGGUGCUUUGCCAUCUCUUUGCCGAGCCCAUGCUGUCUCCGUAGCCCAACUUGGCUGUUGCUCUGGGAGGUGA